ACUGCUUUAACUACACAUCCCAGAAUCCUUUGCUUCAACAAGAACAAUACUUCCGCUGUAAACCGGAAGCGGAGGUUUUAUGAAGGAAAUAUGAAGCGGGUCACCCGUCGGGUCUGUGACGACGGCCCGGUUCCUGAGGAGCAGGAGACGGAGGGACAGAGGCAGCUGCACAACCUGCUGCUCCAACAACUCGAUACAGACGUCGACAUCGACCGUUGCGUAGCGAAGAAGAAAUGCUUUGCCCCGGCUGCGCUGUACAAGCCGUUCGGCGAGCAGGCGGCAGGGGUGCGCAGUCUGGCUCAGUUCCAAGCACUGCAGGACGGAGACAAGGAACUCGCCAGCCUCCGAGAGCUGGGCCUCACCGACGCCGAGAUCGAGCUGUGGAGGAACAGAGACGUGCAAGACGGCGGUGGGAAGAAUCGUGGUGUGAACGUAGCUCCUGAAGCACGGGACGAGCGACUGCGAGUUAUUUGGGACAAGAUGACGGCGAGGACGGAGUUAUUAUCCCGUCCCCAGCACUUCUCGGGCAGCCGAGCUCUCACACGGAGAGAGAUGGAGAUUGAAAAGUCUCUGUUCCACGGCAGCGACCGCUCCAGCUUCCUUACUGUCCUCUACCAUCAAGAAGGAGAUUCACAGAAUGGCCAGCAGGGGGCGACCUUUUCAAACCCAAUGGAUUCAUUAUACAGAGACUUCCUCAAAGAUCAACAGAAAGACUCUGAAAGCGUCACACACCUACCCCAGACUAAAAAUUCUGAUCAGAACCAAACACCACGUCCAGACCCGGAUUCUGAUCAGUCGCAUGAUCUCAACGGCUGUAACAGCCAAUCAUCAGUAAGCAAUGAAUCCACGCCUGUACCCGUACCCACGCCCCCCAUCAGAUCAGCACAGUGCCAGAAUCAAGAAUCGUCACGUGUUCCACAGAAGUUGACGGUCAACCAACCCAUUGGACGCGUGACCUCUUGUUGCGGUCAAGGCCAGAACGGUCCGGUGACCUUCAGUGGUAAAGUCGAGGAGAUUUCCGACGAGGAGAUCAGGAACAAUCGGGAGACAGAGGACGGAAUAAGAGGGAUUUCACGCUUUCAGAACUAUCAGCGUGGAGAGCCAUCAAAUGUGCUGUGUGUGAAGAACUUGAGUCCUCGGGCCUCUUUGGCUCAGCUGGUGGCUCUUUUCUGCCGGUUUCAGAAGGACGAGACAAAUCCAAUUGUGUAUCGUCUCCUGACGGGGAGGCUGAAGGGUCAAGCCUUCAUCACUUUCUCUGAUCUAGAGACUGCACAAGCCGCGCUGGACACCGUGAAUGGGUACAGACUGCAGGACAAGCCUCUCGUCAUCGAGUUUGCCCGGGAGAGGAGACGCGCAACGACUGAAGACGCUUCAGAAAUUCACAGCACGGCUCCAGCGCAAAAGGAUCUGAAAAACUGCUCAUGAGACUGUAAUGAUGAAGUACUUUAAAUAGUAUUUAUGUAAGGAAUAAAACACGACAGACAGGCUGUGCUGUUACGGGAUGAUAAUCAGCGAUUGAUUGUAUGGUCGUGUGAUUCAUGAAGCGAAGUUGCUGUUACCACCCAGAUGUUCUAGUCCUUUUAUCCCACAGCAAUUUUCCAACUUUUUUUUUUCUUUUUCAUUUUCCAGGUCUGUAUCCACUUCUUUUCCCCAGGUGUGGAAUGCGAAUAGGGUUGAGCUGGUAGGGUUAAAAGACUUGCCCAAGGCAGCCCAGCAGCUCCAUCCCUCAAACUUGAAGAUCAGCAACGGAGCACUUUAACCACUGAGCCACCACCGUCCCAGUUUUCCAACAGUUGUAGAACAUCCGCAGAACAACUAAAUUCCUGUUAUGUCUUCCAUCGUAACAGCGAUAAACAGUCGUUCCGUUUCCGCCUCCUCUCUCUUUUUUUUUUAAAUCCCUGUUGAAAUUGGACGAACGCAGCGUCAUGUUCCUGAUCUUAAAGUUACAGCUUUCCCUCUGACUGUUACAAAGCACUAACACUGGAGACGCCCAAAACUGCUCAGUAAGAGCAAUCGAUCGAUCAGUCAACAACUUGAAUAAAGUGUCAAACUCAUAACUGGCCCCAAGUAGUCUAAUAAUUUAUAAAUGAAUAAAAUCUGAAAUGUAUACUAAUAUCUAUAAUCUUAAAUAUAAACAAUAAAUCUUAAAUGUGUACGAUAAAACUUAAAGUCCUAACUGUUAUUCUUGACCAAAGAAAAAAAAAUUAAAGCUCCUUGAUUAGAAUGGAAUAUAAAUGGACAUAUUAAAUAAAUAUAUACUCAAAUCUAUAAUCUUAAAUAUAUACGAUAAAAUCUUAAUUCUAUAUUAAAAUGUUUAGCAUACCACAUCGACAGACACGUGUACGUGCAGUGAUUUGCCGAGUGAGAGAGCCGUGGUCUAUUAGAAUCGAUGCUUUAAUAGCAGAAUGGUAUAAAUGUGGUAGAAACCACAGGUUUCCUGGUCGUCAAUGCUCUCCUGAGAACCUCCAGAUGCAGUGUAGAAGUUUUCCAUUUCACCAGGAGGGGUCCCUAUAACAACACUGUAGAUACGUACAGGAUCUUGCGCAAUCUUACCAAGAAGGUGAUGUUCAUAUCUUGAGCAGUGCUUGGGCCGUGUGUAUACCGUUCCACCAAACCUGACUACAGAUUCUCCAUUUGAGUUGUAGCUUCUUUCCUCGUGGACCCUAACCCUAUUGAUACGCUUUCAGAAAAAAAAAAAAUCUCAAUAGUUGUAGGUGCUCUGUGAACUUCACGAAACAUACUUAGGCCUCACAGUGUGCCUUAAAAGUCUUUGGAGCGGGCUAUAUAGUACAAAUAUUGUAUUUCGAUAUACAAAGUGAUUUAUGCAGCCUUUUAAAAGGUGCCACUGGGUCAAGAUUUGAAAUUGAGUGAAAAUAUUUUUAACAAAGGAAAGGAGGGAAAAUGAAAUGGUAUAAAGAAAUGUAUGCUGUAUGUACUUUAACGUCCAAUCAGAUACUUGUUAGCGUGUGCCAUUGGAGUUAGGUCAGUGUUAUUAAAGUAUGGGUGAUUUCUCAGGAAAAUAAAGUGAUAUACCUUGACAACAAAUAGUGCAUAUUUACAAAUUACAAUUUCACAAUUUAAAGAAACGCCGAACACUGAGACUAGGAUUAAGAACAGUCUCGGCAGCACGGUCCAAUCAGAAGGCAGUAUCCUCAGUAGACAGCGUUUUGGGAAGCAUCUGUGCUCCUGGGAGGAGGAUCGUCCUAAACGGGAAGGUGCACUUAGGUGCCUUAUUUUGGCCAGAUUUGAAGGUAGCAUCAUAAGAAUCCUUCUUGGAUAAGAUGGUCUGAGAAAUCAGUUCACUGUACCAGAGUGGUGAAAGUUUUCACUAGGCAUGUAAUGAUAUAUUGUGUCAUGAUAAAUCGCGAUACAAAUUUAUGCCGAUUUGAAUCGAUGGAAUAAAAAAUGAAUCAUG